UAUUCAUGUCCUAUUGAUUAUUUCAUGCAAAGUUCUAUGUUCAUACUCCAUUGAGAUAUCUUGAAGGCUGAUCAAAAUUUUUACUCAUGGUCAGCCUCUAAUUUUUUACAAUGAAACCUUCUUUUAGCUUUCUACUUUAAAUUCAAGAUCACUUUGGUAAUCACUUACCCCCCAAUUGCAUCAGUUUCAUUUUGAACUGAAUCUGAGUGUGAUUCUUGCCUCCAUGCACUGGUUUUUUAUUCCAGUCAAGUGCCUCACUAAAGGCACCUUGCCUCAAUACUUUGAGGCACCUUAGUGGUGCCUUGCACUGCUUUGAUAGCCUAGGCGCUUGCUCGGAUUGCCUUUAACCACCUUGGUUCUUUAAGCUGUCAUUUCCAAAGGAGAGUUGAAAUCUUGCUAUAAAUGGGUUGGAAUGAGAUGUAUGGAUAGUUGGAUACAUAGUAAGCAUUGCGACGAAUAGGUUGAAGAACCCUAAUCUGAGGCCAAGGUGAAAUUCUUAUAGAUCAUUCCUUUUUGACACCCAAAGUAGAAACUCAAAUGCCUGAAUUUGAGUGCUUUGGCUAAAAUUUGGAAAUACUUUUUUUUUUUUAAGUAAAAUCCAGAAACACACAAUAAUAUUUUCCAAGCAUCAAUAAUCUAUUAUGAUCUUAGUGCCCCACAUAGAUUAAGUGUAAGCUUAACCAUGUGAUUAUAAGCUCUUGGGUACUCAACCAUUAUAAGCCGAUUUUAAAGUGUGAGUUCUACUUAUGGGUUUGUAACAUUUGGUCUCAGAGCCAAGUAGCCAACCACCACGUUGAGUAAUUGGACGUAACUUAUUGAGUAUGAGAUCAAAUCAGUUGUGGCUUUGAAGUUGGGUCUCGGAGGGGGUGACUAAGAGACUAGACUAAAAUAAUUGAUAGGUGAGUGGAGCCUUCAAAAAGAGAAAGGGCUACCAUCAAUCAUAUACUUCUAAACUCAUUUUCUCUUUGCUGCAGUUUAUCUGCCUCCUUGUGCAAUUGCUGUACAUCGUCUAGUAGCCCAAGUUCAAAAACCAAACAUUGAAUGGCCUAAGUCAUAUUAAAGAUGUUGAACAAUGUGCCUAGAAAAGAUGGAGGCUAUAAGGUCUUGGCACUACAAAAUUCCACCAUAUAUUUCAAGGCAUCUGUCUACUAAGUCCUUUGUAGAAGACUUGGUUUCUCCAUUAUUGCAUAUUUUGUCACCACCAACUCUAAGACCGGUGUAUCUGAGGCCUGGCUACCUCGGAUUAGUCACAUAAUUCUCUGGUUUGUUCGUGUCCUUGGUUAUCAUGGGUGGUUCCAUUUUCUUUUUUGUCGAUCCAAAAUGUUUGAAUUUUCAGUAGAGGAGGGAGGUACUUUCUACUCUUUACGUAUAUUUGAAAGAUACAAGGAUUCUCUCCGGUCGGUUUUCUUGGGAAAAGAUAGUGCUUUGCGUCUGCUAUCUUAUGUUGAGGAUCUCAUGUCAAAUACUCAUCCUGAAAAUUUUGCUAGAACCUUCAGGGAUGGUAGUAAGGUUUUUAUUUUGCAACUGGGAUUCAAUGCACAUGGAAGCUUUCUUAUGAUCUCUGAACUUCUUCAUGGUCGUCGGAAGGGCCUCAUCAUUGUACCGGAAGGAAAGCUGGGUUGUGGGUGGAGAGGUUUUGGCUUUCAUCUUUGUAAGGCUAUUGCUCCCGACACUCUUGGCGUUAAACUGCCAUCUCAAUUUGCCCUGUUCUCGACAGUGCAGACGUUUAGAAAUCAAAAAUCCUUUCUGUCGGCAGCGGUGGAUGGUCAUCGGAAAACCAAUGGUGGAAGCAGAUCAGGAAAGCUUGCAAUGCCCAAAAUUCAAAAUUCAAUCAAAUCAUAUCAAUCUAUCAAGUCUAGCUUGAGCAGUCCAGGAUCUGCGUGAAAGGGGUGCUGGGCAGGUAAGCGCGGUUCCUGAGGCUGAAGUCAUGCUUGAAAUAAAGGAUGACGCUCUUAAUGGUGCUGAUUCUCCUUUGUCCCUAGAAGUUUCUCUAUGUUUGGUGUGUGGGCUGAAUGGCAAGUGGGAUAUUAAGUGCUCCAACAUUAAGGAAGUGGGCUGUUCUGGUGCUGGGCCCACGCAAGAUAUUUUUAAGCCCAAUGUUCUUGCUGAAGCUUCCCCACUUAACCUAGCCCAGCCCCACAAACUUAAGCCCAAGCCCUCUAUGGUCUGGCAACCCAAAAGAAAAGAAAAGACCACCAGAUCUUCUCCGAUGCGAGCGACCCAAAUUCCAGGGAUGUCGAGUCCAUGCGAGAGACCCAACCAGACUUCUUCGCGCCCAUCGUUUAUGCCUCUGAUGUCGUCGAUGGUCUCCGACGUCUCCGAUGUCGCCGUUGCUCAACCCCUCAACUCCGACAAGAUCGUUGAAGCCUGCUUUGAGUUAUCGGCGUCGAUUGACUCGUUCCAAAUCUCCGAUGUAGUCGACUCUGAGCUUCUUGGCUCCGACGAGUCCGAGGAGGCCAUGAAUGGGUCGGUAUGCACCUUAGAUGGCGAUGAGAGCUUACUGCGUGAGCUCCGACUGACUCUCCAGGAGCAUUCCGGUAAUAUAGUCAAGAAAUGGAGGGACUCGGAGCAAUGGGUUCUUGAAUUACGCGAUGGGAGGAGGGUUGCGGUUCCGCUUCAAAUCGCUUUGCCUCGGUGUGAAGCUACAGAGGUUUUGGAAAAGCAACAACAGCUGGCCUUAGUUACGUUGGAGUCUUCUGACGUUACGAAUGUGUCAUCGGCUCUUUUCGAAGAGGAUGAAGUAUUGGUGGAGGAUGGGGUUUCGGAUACCUACUCGAAGGAAGCUGAUCAGCCCCUAGUUGUUGAUCCAAUUGCUUUUUCUCUACCUUCAACCAUGGCAGAACAAUCUCUUGUAGAUGAGGAAAGUGUUGUGAGUAUGGAUACUUCAUAGAGUCAGGAACCUUAUUCCGAUUGGUUUCAAAAGAGAUUCAAUAAUUUUGAUAGCUUCCUUGGCACGUCCCUUGAGGGUUUAGAAGGUCAAGCAACAUAAUUUUUAUUGGCUGUUGAAGCUGAAUUAUAUCGAAGGGCUGAGGUGAAUAAGAAAUCAUGUGGUUUAAAAGGUUCGGGGGUGAAAGGUUUAAGAGAGUUGAAAGGGUUGUUUAGUGCCAUUAAUUAUGGCUCUUCAUCUGCUAGGCGAUGUGGUAUUAAUAGGAAUCGGGUUCUUUCCGUCGCUUAAUGAAUUUGAAGCUUAUUUCAUGGAAUGUCAGAGGUCUGAAUGAAGUUGGCAAGAGGCUUCAGAUUCGCAACUUGUUGCGAUCCUGGAAGGUUGAUAUUGUGUGUUUGCAAAAGACCAAACUAGAGUGGAUUACGAGAGGUAUUGUUCGAAGUAUAUGGAGUUAUCCAUAUGUAGAUUGGUUGUACUUGGGCUCAGAUGGUGCUUCUGGAGGAAUUUUAUUGAUGUGGGAUAGCCGAGUUGUGGAAAAGGUGGAGGAAGCGGUGGGGCAUUUUUCGGUUUCUUGCAAGUUUAAAAAUGUUGGUGACCAAUUUGAUUGGGCUUUUUCAGGGGUUUAUGGGCCAAAUUUGAACAAUAGCUGUAAGUUGAUGUGGGAGGAACUAACUGGGUUGAUCACUUGGUGGGAUUUGUCUUGGUGUCUGGGAGGGGACUUUAAUAUUAUCCGUUUCCCUUCAGAGCGUUUGGGGGUUGCUAGCUUUUUGAUGCAGCGUAGGCGUGUAGAAGCAGAAUCUAUAACACACAAAUACUACAACUCUUCCACUAAACCUAAGUUCUACAAGAAUACUAGGCUAAUAGGUAAAGUAAUAGAGAAAACCUCUCUAGCAAACUUUUAUUCAAAAAACACAUAUAACAUAAAUAAUCUCUCUAUAAAGAGUAUUUAUAGGAAUAGAAUUUCUCCUACUC